CUACGGAACGAUCACCCAAGAAAAAAGGAAAAGUAACUCAAGAAAGGAAAAAACUCAUGGUGGUGGUACACGGUCGGAAGGAGGGGGGGACUCUAUUUUACUAUUAAUCGGUUCGUCGAGAUUUUGUGACCACAGACUGCACCUGAUAAGCUGCUGGUUGAGUUCCUCUGGAGCGAGUGUGUUAUUUCAAACUUGGAUUUAUUUGGCCACAGCGGCGAAGUGCUGUUGAGAUUUGGACGAUACGCUGCGGCGCUCGGCUUGAGAGACCAACGCUGGAGUUUUCGGCACUGUUCCUGCGGGACUUAACUUAUUUACUACAUCCUCAACUUUGUGGUGGACAUUGUACAACACCACCAGAAGUCAUCGGGUAACCGUUUUGCCAAGUUUGAAACAGUUUUGCUGCUGCUCCGUUGAUCAACAGUUAUUUUGAGAGCUGUCCGGGCGCACUGUUUCCUUUAACAUUUUGCCGUUGCAUGUUUUCAGUCAUGUCACCACAAGCCGUGGUCCUACCGAGAAAGUAGUUUUUAGCCUGUUUAAGGACACACUUUAAAAACUCCUAAGUUCAGGGCGACACACAAAGUUCGCUGUAACCUACUGUGAAUCUCAUUUGAUUUUUUUUUUUAUCCCGCGUCAGACACCAGAGGAGAAAGUUGGACUGGGAACUUGUGUCCUAAAUGACUGUUUUGGGGAUGGAAAGCGUUUUAUUACACCACAAUUGUUUGUACUAGCCUCUGCAUGUCAAGAAGACUAUUAAUGUGCUAUAAAAGUCACCCAUUCUUCCUGAAACUACAUUAAUAUUCCAAUUUGUGGGUAAGAGGAGAGAGCUCAGCGGCCGCUCUAUUAAAACUGGAUACAAAAUGGCGGCGUCCCUGGGACGAUUUGGAUAUGUUUCUCGUUGUGUUUUUUAUUUAAUUUUGACGGUCGAACUAUUUAACAGUUAUGGAUUGAGUUCAGACUUGCCGUGUGCCCAGAACUGUACCUGCGACGGAGAUUCAGUGGACUGUAGCAAUCUGGAGCUGACAGCUACGCCUCUGGACCUUCCAGCCCGGACUGUUUCCUUAAAUCUCGGCCACAACAAACUGACCACCAUCAGCGUUGAAGCCUUAGCCAACUUGCCCAACUUGAGAGAGCUGCGGCUGGACCACAAUGAGCUGACCUCCAUACCAGAUUUAGGACAGGCUGCUUCCAAGAUUGUAUUGCUCUACCUACAUCACAAUAAGAUCCGCAGUAUUGAUGGCAGGCGGACCAGAGAGCUGGUGUCUGUGGAAACUCUGGACCUGAGUAAUAAUGACAUCACCGAGCUACGAGGGCACUGCUUUCCUGCUGGCCUCCAAAUCCGAGACCUGUACCUGAGCAACAACAAGAUCAGCGUGUUAGAGCUCGGAGCUCUGGACCAUCUGGGCUCAACACUACAGGUCCUGAGACUGAGCCGAAACCGCAUCAGCCAGAUCCCCGUGAGAGCCUUCCAGCUCCCAAGGCUCACCCAGCUCGAGCUGAACAGGAACCGCAUUCGUCAGGUGGAGGGUCUGACCUUCCAGGGUCUGUCCAGCUUAGAGGUGCUCAAGCUGCAAAGAAACAGCAUCAGCAAGCUGACUGACGGAGCGUUCUGGGACCUGGCAAAGAUGAAAGUCCUUCACCUGGACUACAAUAGUCUGACAGAGGUGAACAGUGGCUCCCUGUAUGGCCUGAGUUCCCUUCAGCAGCUAUUCCUCAGCAACAACUCCAUAGCCCGCAUCAAUCCUGAUGGAUGGAAGUUCUGCCAGAAGCUGAGGGAACUCAAUCUGUCGCACAACAACUUGACUCGUCUGGAUGAAGGCAGCCUGGCUGUGCUGGGGGAUCUCCACACCCUCCGUCUGGGCCACAACUCCAUCAGCCACAUCACCGAGGGAGCCUUCAGAGGCCUCAAGGCCGUACGCGUCCUGGAGCUGGACCAUAACGACAUCUCGGGCACAAUAGAGGACACCAACGGGGCCUUCUCUGGAUUGGACAGCCUCAACAAGCUGACUCUGUUUGGAAACAAGAUCAAGUCGGUGGCCAAGAAAGCCUUCUCUGGCCUGGAGACCCUGGAACACCUGAACUUGGGAGAGAAUGCUAUUCGUUCCAUCCAGCCCGAUGCCUUCAGUAAGAUGAAGAACCUCAAAACCCUUUUUAUUCAGAGCGACAGCUUCCUGUGCGACUGCCAGCUCCACUGGCUACCUGACUGGUUGGUGACACGUGGUUUGCAGGCCGGUGUCAAUGCCACCUGUGCCCACCCGGAGAGCCUUAAGGGCACCAGCAUCUUCCAGGCCCCUUCCAGCAGCUUUGUCUGUGACGACCUCCCAAAGCCCGAGAUCACGGUGCAGCCGGAAACCACAGUGACAGUCCUUGGUAGCGACGUGCGUCUCACCUGUAUGGCCGCCAGCAGCAGCUCCUCCCCCAUGACCUUUGCGUGGCGCAAGGACCAGGAGCUGCUUCGACACGCCGACACGGAGAACUACGCCCACGUGCGAGCCCACCACCACCAAGGCACGACAUCCGAUGCACCCGGUGCGGGCGGAGGCGUGAUGGAGUACACCACUAUAUUGCACCUGCGGCGCGUCACCUUCGCACACGAGGGCCGUUACCAGUGCAUCAUCACCAACCAUUUUGGCUCCACCUACUCCAGCAAGGCACGCCUCAUCGUCAACGUUCUCCCAUCCUUCGUGAAAACUCCCAAGGACAGCACCAUCAGGACGGGCCACACGGCCAGGCUGGAGUGCGCCGCUGAGGGUCACCCGGCACCUCAGAUCGCCUGGCAGAAGGACGGCGGCACGGACUUCCCGGCCGCCCGCGAGCGCCGAAUGCACGUCAUGCCUGACGACGACGUGUUUUUCAUCAUGGACGUCAAGCCGGAGGACAUGGGCGUGUACAGCUGCACCGCUAAAAACACAGCCGGCACGAUUUCUGCCAACGCCACCCUCACCGUGCUGGAAACCCCCCACCUAGCCCAGGACCUGGAGGACCGCAGUGUGGUGGUCGGGGACACUGUGGCCCUGCAGUGCAAGGCACUGGGCAGCCCGCCGCCCCGCAUCACCUGGCUGCGCAACGACCAGCCCCUGCGCCCCUCCGACAGGCACCACUUCACCCCGGGGAACCAGCUGCUGGUCAUCGGAUCCGCCUCGCUGGAGGACGCCGGCCGCUACACCUGCCUCAUGUCCAACACGCUGGGCACGGAGCGCGCUCACAGCCAGCUGGUGGUGACGCAGCGCAGAAGCCCCUGCGCCUCGACGUCGGGCCCCAGCACGGUCACGAUAGGGAUCAUCGUCAUCGCCGUGGUGACGAGUAUAGUGGUGACGUCGCUGGUGUGGGUGUGCAUCAUCUACCAGACCAGGAAGAAGAGCGAGGAGUGCAGUGUCACCAACACAGAUGAGACGAUAGUUCCUCCAGACGUGCCCAGUUACCUCUCCUCCCAGGGCACUCUGUCCGAGCGGCAGGAUGUGUGCAUCCGCGUGGAGGCCGGCGGUGGACCGCAGCCCAACGGACACGUCGUGGACACCACAGGUUUCGACGGUGCAGUAGUGUGUACGGAUUGUAUGGAGAACAGCAACAGCUACUCCAAAGAUCCCGACUACCUGUCGCACAGCUUUUGCCCCGCUGGAGGCAGUGAGUACCAGCAGCACUCUGUUCCCCCGCCUUAUUCUCAUCUCUAUCACCCAGUGGAGCAUCAUGAACCGGUGUCACACACAACCCCGCUCUGCAACGGGACACCCAACGGGAUCCGGAAGGACAUUCAGGGAUCCACGUUUCCAAAAAACUACAAUACGUUACAACACGAUAGAAAAGCGAGCAGAACAGGACAGACGCCGGCUUGCUCUCCCUCGCAGGAAGAGUCCUUCCACAAGCCGGUGAAGCUGAGCGGCGUGACGGGCCACGGCCGCUCCGACACGGACUGUGAGCCUGAGCUCAGGCAGACUCUGCUGUCCAACGGACACACCCUCAGAGCCUCUCAGAAUGAGAGCACCCCCCUAAGAAGAGCCAGCGACUAGCAGGCGCUGCAUACAGCCCCAAAAUGUGGACUCGCAAGUAGAUGAGUGAACUUUUUUUUUUUUUUUUUUUUUUUUUUUGCACUGGGAAAUAAACUGCUACCUCAUACCGAGGCGAUUGAUCCUGAGCCUCCUGGAUGUGGACUGACAGGGAGUGCCAGGAAAAAAGGGGAAAAACGCAGGGGGCAUCCGGAGUUUGAAGGUGGAGCUUGAGUGGGUGGCGUCCCAUCUGAGCGUAUCAGCUGUACAUAGUUAAAACCUUCUCUUGGGAGGUGACCAAUAAAAAUUCUAGCUCCAAAAAAAUGUGACUCGCAUUUGAAGCAUGUAAAUGUAGGGAAUCUUGUACAGUGUAUGUAUGUGCAGGGGCAAAAAAAAGAGAACUAUACCUUUGGACAUUUGUCUGUACAUAAGAGUUUUCUUAUAUUAUAUAUUAUAUAACUUUUACAAAAGAGUAUUUGAAUUUAUGUGCAUGACAAAGAAAGGAGUGAUGGUAUUUUUAUUUUUCUUCAAAAAAAAAAAAACAGCCUUUUCAGCUUUUACCAACAUUCAGCUGCGGUGCCUUAUUGCAUGAUCAAAGAAAACUCAACUUGUAAUAGCAUAUAUCAAGAGACUUUUUGUGAGAGAUACUGGUACACUCUUUAUAGCAAACAAAACAAAACACUUGAUUGCACUUGAAUGUUUUUUUUUCUUUUUCAACAAUUGCUGCCAACCAUGGCCUUACAGAAACACAAUUCACACUUGUUAUUGUAUGAAGGAAGAGCUUUGAUGUAAAUUAUUUUGGUACGUCAGAUAGUUCAAGGUGGGAUAUCUGUGGGAGGUCAGUUAAAGCACUUUUUAAUACUCACUUCGUAAACAUGCAGAUUGCGUACAUGAUAUCUGCCAAUAGGAACGCAGGAACCUCCUCUGUUGUGAGGAGACAUUCCACAUAUUUUGACACGGUAAUCAUACUGUAACAUUAAGGCUCUUCCACCUGUUUCACAACACUACGUUACUGCGAAGCUGCUCUGAGCUGGCCGGGAGAAACGAUUCUUCUCUUACUCGGGUUAGGUUCUUUAUUUGUCCAGGGAAGUGACUUUGGCACAAGUUUGCAACCAAACGUCAGCUAACAGCUGUAAUACGGAGCUGUGGUUGUAUCUUCUAAAGCUGUAAAAGCCAGUAAUGAUCUCUCAGUAUGGACACAGGACAUGAAAUAUAUCAGACAUGGUAAUUGGCCGAAUGCUUAACUAAACAAUUCUUACGCUUUGAAUUUUAAAGAAAAGAUGGAGAAUCAGGGACAAUGAUGUAUUGUGUCAUUAUGUUACUGCUGUAAUGUGCCUCAAGAUCCACCAUUGUGCUUUCAGGAGCAAAUGGCCAGUAUUCCACCUCUGUCACACCACCACAUUGUUAACAAUAACUUUUCUCAGCAUCACUACGGUUGAAUAACGUUUCAUGCUUGAGGUAACUAAAGGUGCGGCUCGAUGCUGUGAAAUGUGCUCUAACCAAACUUGGAGGAAUAAUGCAGUCAGACGCUCUCCCGCCCCCCGCGAACUGUCACAGUCCCUGCUACACACCGGGUCUGAAAUCGGUCAAAGUAGUUACAUUGUCCAAUGUAUGUCUAAUGUGGUUCCCCAGCGUGCCCUCGUCUGAACUGCGCUCUGUUACCAGUGGCCUUAUCAAGGUAAGCUGGAGGACACGCUCCUCUGGUUACACCUGAUAGCACCUAUCACAGGUGAUUUUACCAGCUUAGACCAAUCAGAGAGCCCCGCUGGGGAAACCGCUCCCAGUGUAGCGAGUAAAAGGGACAAGAGGGGGCGAGGUGCAGUUCACGUUCUGAGUAAUUUAUUGAAACAAAACUGUCCGAAACCGUUGUACCAAUGUCAAAGCUGAAACAGUGAAGUGUCUAACAUGGCAUUGAAGUGUCUAAUAAAAUCACAUUUUGCUAUUA